ACUAAAACAAUUAGGGAAAUUUUUAAAAAGUCAUUUUGAGCUCCAAUUUUGGUAUGCCAUUUUUUUUUCUUUAACCAAUUUUUCUUUUCACAAGCAUGGGCCCCACUCUAAGUAGCCCACCAUGCAUAAAACACCUGUACUCUACCAAGAAUCAAGAACCACAAAAACAUCAUCUUGAACUUAGAACCAUAUGCCCUUUUCUUUUUCUUCCCAAUGGCACUCUCUUUCACCUCCAUCCCCAAAUGCCCAAGCUCAUCAAGACUUAGCCAAUAUGGUUCAACACAACCACCCCUCAAGUCUUACAACUUAGUCACCAUUAAGUGUGACUUAAAAAAAGAACCAAUAUCUGGAGACACAAAUGGCUCAUCAAAAAAGCUUGAAAUUGGGUCCCCUAUUAUAGUAAUUGAGUGUCCGAAGUUGCUCAAAACUGCAGCCUCUGUACCUUGUCUUAUAUCCAAUGCUGGCUUGGUCAAACCCGGUGAUGUUGGCAGGAUAGUUUCAAGGAAGCCUAUGGACGUGUGGGCAGUUCGUCUCAGCAUUGGCACUUAUCUUAUUGACAGAAAAUACUUUAAGCCCUUAGACCUUGAGGAAUGAAUAAUGAUCGAACAAUAUUAUUCUGAUGAAGCUUUUCAAGAAUAUCUUGAGCAAUGCACCCCCUUUUUUUUUUUUUUUUUUUUUUGGCUUCGUAUUUAUGAAAUCCCAGAUAUAUUACAAAGUGGUAUUUCGAUUCCCUUUAUUUUACACAACCAUUUAGAGAUGUGAAUAUUAUCCUUUAUGAAGCUUUUUUGUAUAAUUUAAUUGUUCUACACUAACAUUUCAUAAUUUGGAUCCCUCUUGGAAUUUGUUUUCACUAGGGCUUCCUCUAAAUGAAAAAUAGCGGAUUAAUUAUCA